AAGAAUGGAAGCACAGCAUUCGUCUCUACCAAUGUAGACGAUGAACAAAAUUCCUCGUAUUUAAUAAAAAUUGAGGUUUACGAUUUGAAGAAAAUAUCAAAGAUCCCCACGAAUGAACAUUGGAAAAAUACCGAAACCAGAAUCAAAUUAUACACUUCUAAAACAAACAAAAACUUUGAACCCAUUCAAAGAUUAAUUUUUGAUUUAACAAAAGAGAUUUGUACAACUGAAAAUUGCAAAAAAUAUAAUUUUAACAAUAACUAAGUUAUUAUAUUGUUCUAUUCAAGAUUAUUAGCUAUUUAGUUUUAAAUGAUCAUUAACUAAAAAGGGUUUGUUAAUGUAUUUUUACCUGUGCUUUCCUACAAAUACUCUAUAAAUUGUAUAAAUGUCAUCAGUUGGACUACGAUAUUUUAAAGGAUAAGAUCUGACUAUUUUACCUUCAUAAAAAGAUGGGUUCGUGCACGAGUAUUUUUUUUGAGUCACAAAUUGAUGAAAUUCAGGAAGACAUAGAAUCAAUUCGAUUGUUUAAGGAAAUUGAAGAAGCUGAUUUGUUCUCACAUUGUUUCCUUGAAUAUUUUGUUGAUAGUCAACAUGUAGCUUUUUAUUUAUACAUCAAAGAAUCAACCACAACUACAAGCUGGCGGGUCACUAAAAAGGAAGUCUGAAAGUGGGAACACCUCAGAAUAUCAUAAACGUCAAAAAAUGGAAAAAACAACAUCAACUUCGUUUCGCACAUCCGGAGAAUUUUGUACUGGAGCAGCAUCAACUUCGGGUAUAGUAACGGAAGGAUCCCAUAAUGCCGUUGCUUCAUAUCUGGAUAAUAUACUCACAAAGCCCCACGCAGGUACCAAUUCAGAUGAUGUUUUUUGUAGCGCUUGUCAAAAAUAAGUACGUAGACGGUAUUAUACAAAUCAUUUAAAAAGCAACGUUCACAAAAACAAUGUUCUUAGAAUGGAGGGUUCGCUAAAAAAUGUUUCCGUAAUUGAAUCUGCUUUCGGUCAAAGAAUUAUCACGUAUAGAAUUUGUAAUAAAUCUAAUCAAACUUUUGAAACAACUUUCCAAACCCCUGAAAUAUUUAUGAAUUCUAUCAAAAACGUUAUAUUUCAAUUAAUUGAACGUUCAAUUGUAACUCAUAACAUUUUUAAAGUAAAUUUUAUUUUACAUGCUGAAUUCAUUCAACAAAGCAAAAAUGAUGUACAUAAUACUUUUGAUUUUCAAACUAGUAAUUUUAUAAUUUUUCGCGGAGAUGACCUAGAUAUCUUUUUUGCGUCACUUAGUAACACUUUAACGAAUAAAGUAAGUAGUUUUGAAAAAAAAGACAGCGGAUGGAGUCUUAAAGAAAUUAUAAGCUUAGACAUGAAUGUUAAUAAGUUUAAUCCCCUUCGUGGUACUUCUUAUAUUGAUUUACCUCAUGAUAUUAAAGCAAAGAAGGCUGUUGUUAAUGUACAAAAUGCUGACUAUAUGUGUUUUAAGUGGGCAUUGCUCUAAGCUUUAUACCCAGUCAACAAUAAUGUUGGACGAGUAACUUCAUACAGUGCACAUGUAGAUAAAUUAAAGUUUGAUGGUUUAUCUUUUCCAAUGAAAUUAACCGAUAUCCAUAGAGUUGAAAAUUUAAAUAACAUAAGUAUCAACGUUUAUGGAUUAGAAUUUAAUAGAGACACUAAGCAAAAUUGUAUUGUAGGUCCAUUGUAUUUUACCAAAAGCCGCAAAAGCGUACACAUAAACUUAUUAUACAUAACAAAUGGUACAAAUAGUCACUACUGUUAUAUAAAGAAUUUAUCACGUUUGGUAAGCAAACAACUUUCAAACCAACGUCAUUCGGUUUACAUUUGUGACGGGUGUUUGUUAUAUUUUCCUACAAAUGAGAGAUUAUCAAAUCACCAACAAAAUGAUUGCUCUCCCAUGUUGCUAUCGAAUUGCCAAGUAGUCAGAAAAAAAUUAAAAAUUGGUUUGCAAAACCAACAUCCAACGAUAGAGUCAAGUUUGACCACUUUGAAAGAAAAUUAAAAAUUCAGUUUGUAAUUUAUGCAGAUUUUGAAGCUUUUUUAAACCCAAUAAAUUCAUGUACCAAUGAUCCAUCUAGGUCCUAUACUAAUAUCAUUCAUAAACAUGAACCUUAUAGUUUUGGAUAUUAUUUAAAGUGUUCUUAUGAUGAUAAUUUAUCAAAAUAUGAAUUUUACAGCGGGUCAAAUUGUGUACAAAUCUUUAUGGAUAGAUUAUAUAUGGAUAUACGAUCAAUUUGUAGUAAAAAUAACUUUCAGAAAGCUCCUAAUACUCUGACUAAUAAAGAUAAAAACAAAAUUGAUAAUUGUUCCGUUUGUCAUAUUUGUGAAACUGGUUUAGACAAAAAUAGAAGUUUAGACUUUGACUGGUAUACAGGAAAUUUCAGAGGUGUUGCACAUGAACUUUGCACGAAAAAGUUUAGAGCACCAAAUUUCGUUCCAGUAUUUUUUCAUAAUUUAAGUCACUAUGAUGCACAUUUUAUAGUUCAUGCACUUAACACCGCCGAGGGACAAGUCGAUUUAAUACCUCAAAACAAAGACAGAUACAUUUCUUUUACUAAAACCUUGUUUAUUAACAAUCAAAUGUUUAAAUUGAGAUUUGUCGAUUCGUUAAAAAUUUUUCUUGUAGUCUUGAUCAACUAACUAAAAAUCUUAAGAAUGAAACACUAAAAAAAAAUUUUCCCAACAACGAAGAUUUUAUACGUCUUAAGAAAAAAGGUAUUUAUUCCUAUGAAUUUAUGACAUCCAAUGAAAGUUUAAAACUAACAUCAUUACCCAGCCAAGAACAUUUCUAUAGCACACUCACAGAUUUAAAUGUUUCUGAUGAUGAUUACCAUCAUGCACAAGAUGUUUGGAACCACUUCAAAUGUUCAAACAUGCUAGAUUAUUCUAAUUUAUACCAAAAAACUGAUGUAUUACUUUUAACCGACAUAUUUGAAAAUUUUAGGGAUCUUUGCAUUAAUACGUACAAUUUAGAUCCAGCAUAUUAUUAUACUGCACCUGGUUUAAGUUGGGAUGCCAUGUUAAAGUACACUAAAAUAGAAUUAGAGUUGUUAACAGACUUUGAUAAAAUAGCAUUUAUCAGGGGCAGGUAUCCGAGGUGGCGUAUCGCAAUGUAGUAAUAGAUAUGCCAAGGCAAAUAAUCAGUAUUUGAAUAGUUAUGAUGAAACAAAACCUAAAUCUUUUCUAGCAUACUUUGAUGCUAAUAAUCUUUAUGGUUGGGCAAUGUCACAACAUCGUCCUGUGGGAGGGUUUGAGUGGGUAGAUCCUAACACCAACUUUGAUAUUCCUGAUACAUCUGAAUAUGGUUUCAUUUUGGAAGUUGAUUUAAAGUAUCCUGAUGAACUUCACGAUUUACACUCUGAUUUACCUCUUUGUCCUGAAAAUAUUUGUGUAGGUGAUACGAAAAAUAAAAAAUUAGUUCCAAAUUUAAACAAUAAAACAAAAUAUAAAAUUCACUACAGAAAUUUAAAGCAAUGUCUAAAGUUAGGUAUUAAACUACAAAAAGUUCACAGAAUUUUAAAAUUCAAUCAAAGUCCUUGGCUGCAAAAGUACAUUAAUUUAAACACACAACUUAGAACGAAGGCAACUUCAGAUUUUGAAAAAGAUUUUUACAAACUUAUGAAUAAUUCAGUUUUUGGUAAAACAAUGGAAAAUAUUGAAAAAAGAGUUAACGUAAAACUUUUACCACAUUGGGAAAAUCGGGGUAAGUCUCUAGGGGCACAAGAUUUGAUAGCCAAACUAGAAUUCCACAGUCUAUCAAUAUUUUCAGAAAAUUUAGUAGCAAUUCAAUUACGGAAAACAAAGAUUUUACAUGAUAAACCCAUUUAUCUAGGAUUCUGUAUAUUAGAUAUUUCAAAAACACUUAUGUACGAAUUUCAUUAUGAUUACAUUUUAAAAAAGUUUGGUGGAAAUACAAAAUUAUUGUACACUGAUACUGAUAGUUUUAUAUAUCAAUUUUUUACUGAUAAUUUAUAUGAAGAUCUCAAACCUGAUUUAAUGGGCAGGUUCGAUACAUCUGAUUAUCCUCCCAACAACUUAUUCAGUUACCCUAGAAUAAACAUAAAAAAGUUAGGAUAUUUUAAAGAUGAAAAUAACGGUGAUAUUAUAGAGGAAUUUGUAGGACUUCGAUCAAAAAUGUAUGCAUUUACAGUAGGUGAAAAAUUUGUUGCAAAAGCCAAAGGUGUGAACAAAAGUGUUACAAAAAAGUUGGAAUUAGAAAAUUAUAAAUCUUGUAUUUUUAAUAAAAAUAUUCAACACCAUAGCAUGUAUAGAUUUAGAUCGAUUAAACACACAAUAUUUACUCAAGAAAUAAAUAAAUCUUCUUUGUCAUAUCAGGAUACCAAGCGCUACAUUUUACCAAAUCAAAUUGAUACAUUGGCGUGGGACCAUUUCAAAUUAAAAAAACUACUAUAGGUAUAAAGUUUGUUUAGUUGAUAAUAUUUUAAGAUUUUUUUGUAUUUUAUUUUGUAAUUUAAUUAUACGAUUUUAAUGAUUUUUUUAAAUUAUUUUUAGAAGUAUUUACCAUGUUUUC